CUGAGCUGAUGGUGGCUGUCGUUUCUUUUACCUUAGUUCGCUGCGCAGCCCCUGCAAAUCCUCUUUCACUUUCACAUUUUUCGCUCGGAAAGAGGAACAGAUUCUAACCGAGUUAUGGACAAGUGACUGCAGGGUGAAAUUUUGCUUUUACGCGAUUCUGCCUACCGUACUAUUUUGUCUUGUGAACCGAGUCCGAUAAGAGGCGCUGGUUAGCUGUGUAGUAUACAUUUCGAGAAGAUAAGAUUCUGUUGUGAUCCAUAGAGACGGCGGAGAAUCUUGUCCUUCCAGCCAAGCAGACAUGGCCGAGUACCUGGACGACCCGUCUGUGCUCACCAAAGACAAGCUGAAGAACGAGCUUGUGGCCAACAACGUGGAGCUUCCGGGCGGCAACCCGACCAAGGACGUGUACGUCCAGUUGUAUCUGAAGAACUUGACCGUGCAGAAUAAGAAAAACGCGACCGCCAGUCUGGACGCCUUUUCCAGCGAUGAGGAGUUAACGCCGCCCGUCGUUUCCAACAGGAGCCGCUCCUCCGGAAGGAAAGCCACCAGGAAAACAGACAAGGCUCAACCAGAGGACCUUGACGUGACUGAGCUGACCGCUGAGGGCUUGAAGGAUGAACUGCUCAAGUAUGGAGUUGACACAGGGCCUAUCGUUGCCUCCACCCGGAAGCUGUAUGAGAAGAAGCUGCAGAAGCUGCUUGACCAGGGACCCCCCCAGGCUCCUGAACCCCGGGUAGUCCUCACAGAGACGGAUGUCAACCACAACGGCAACCCUGACUCAGACCGCUACAGUGACAAGGAGGAAGAAGAGACGCCAGUACAGCAGCUAGAGCCAGUGCCUGAUCCAGAUCCUGAACCUGAGCUCAAGCCAGUCCCAGAGCCGGUUUCUGAGUCAAUCCCGGUGGUGGAGAGGCCAGUCAGAAGCCGAGGGAAGACUCCCGUCACCACUCGAACACGCAGCAGCCAACACAACAAGGUGGAGAAGAUAACUGCCAGUGAGCCAACCCACAAAGCAGAGGAGAGAGAUGUCCUAAAGGAGAUGUUUCCCAAUGACUUCAACUCUCCGACAGGAAUCGGUGUCACCUGCCGAAGGCCCAUUCGAGGCGCUGCCGGUCGCCCCUUCAAGUCGAGUGAAUUCUGGAACGAUGAGAACUUCCUACGCUCCCCCAAAAGCAUCAACACCACCACCACCACCUCAUCUUACACAGAGAGCCGUGCUGUCCACAGAGUCUCCAACAUGCCCCCAUCCACUCCCUCAUCUCCCAGGCUAGUAUCUGCAGCGCCCCCUAUGGGCCAGAGCAAGGCAACCCGCAGUAGCUUGCCGCUGUGGCUAAAGCUAAUCCUGCUGGCCGUGGUGGCCUCAUUCCUGUUUUUCAUCUACCAAGCCAUGGAGACCAAUGCCGUCAAUCCAUUCAUGGGCUCAGAUAUGGACCAGUCUGUUGGUGACAGUGGGUCAGAGGUCACCAGCAAGUAAAGCAAAAGAGGAAAAAAACCUAUUUUAAAUAAAAGGGUUAACCAGCCUUUUUUAUUUUCUUCCCUCUGUGUGUGAAUCUGCAUUUUAGCCAUUCUGUCGAUGGGCGCUGUGAAAUUAGGAUCUACAUCGUAGGCCUUCGUUCUCACAUUUCUUCUCCCCUUGUUUUGUUUUUGCAUUGUUAUUUUUUAUAUUUUAUUUUGAAUUUUAAAGUCUGCUCAAAGCGAAUGAUGUCAAGAGUACCAAUGUAGCUGUCUGUAUGGCACUUCCACAGGAUCUCAAUAACACACUGGGAAAGGACAGUGCGGACCUUUGACCCCCCCCCCCUUUUCCCUUCAUAGAGUGUGACGUUGAGAGAAAGCCAACCAUUAAACUACAAUCAGAAACACAAAUCAACACAACCGCUAUUAAGAAAAUCAUCUGGACUUAUACAUGCCGUGGUAUUUUAAAGUAAUCUUUGCAUGGUGUGGGUGUUGGGAGUGUACGCAUGGUUGAGAAAUGUUUUCUUUCACACUUUGCCUUAGUGUCUGUCUCUGUUCUUAGCAAGAAAGUCUUGCUAAUGAUUUUAAAACUGUAUUUUUGUGGGUGUUUUUUUUUUGUUUUUGGACCAUCUUUGUUCAUUAGACAUGGAGGCUUAUUAUAACCCAAAUGUUUAUAAAUUGUCUUUAUUCCCUUCCCAGUAUUUUCUUAUUCCCUUACUUUGAAAGAACGAAACGUCCCAUUGUACUCUAUUCAUUUAUGUAUUCUCACAAGAAACAAUGAAAUAUCCACUCAAUAAACUUAAUGUAUUGUUG